ACUUCGAACGAAACCUGUCCUUAUUAGCGUUCUUUCGUUCGCCCGUCAUCUUCAUCUUCUUACGAAUUCGUAACUUCAUCAUUUUUCUUUUCUAUUCCAUCUUUUCGAUCUCCUCCUCUAAAGAGGGGAAACAAACUCUCUCUCUCUCUCUCUCUCUCUCUGCGCGUGAGUUUGCCUCAAAGCGAUGUCACUGAGGAGGUCCAUUUUCUCUCGUAGAUUCUCUAAGUCGUUCAAGGAACUGAACGAGAAGAGUGGGCGCGUUCGCGACUCGGAUGAGGACGCGGUUGGCUCGGGGUCUGGGCGGCGGGAUGGGGGGGCGGGCCAGCCCGAAGGCUCAUGGGCCGGACUGCUCCCGGAGCUCCUGGCGGAGAUCAUUCAGCGGGUGGAGAGGAGCGAGGGCAACUGGCCCCUCCGCCAAAACGUCGUCUCUUGUGCCUGCGUCUGCAAGCGGUGGAGACAGAUCACCAAAGAAAUCGUUCGGUCCCCUUCCCUGACUGGCUUAAUCACUUUCCCUUCUUGCCUCAAACAGCCGGGACCGCGUGACCUUCCACACCAAUGUCUUAUAAAACGGAACAAGAAGACUUCAACUUUUUACCUUUAUCUCGCCCUCACUCCAUCAUUCACAGAUAAGGGGAAGUUUCUCCUGGCAGCACGGAGGUAUAGGAAUGGUGCUCACACUGAGUAUAUUAUAUCACUCGAUGCUGAUGACCUAUCACAAGGAAGUAAUGCUUACGUUGGAAAGUUAAGCUCGGACUUUCUUGGCACGAAUUUUGCAAUCUAUGAUAGCCAGCCACCACACAGUGGUGCAAAACCCUCAAGCAGCAGAGGCAGCCGCCGUUUUGCAAGCAAGCAAAUUAGCCCCCAAGUUCCAGCUGGCAACUUUGAGAUAGGGCAGGUGUCUUACAAAUUCAACCUUUUGAAACCUAGAGGUCCAAGGAGAAUGGCUUGUUCGCUGAAGUGCUCAUCACAAGGAGAAACUGCCUAUGACAAGUCUCAAGACAACUCCAAGAUGAAGAAACCUGAAUCUGCUGCUUCCGGAAAUACAAUUUUGAGGAACAAAGCGCCAAGGUGGCAUGAGCAUUUGCAGUGCUGGUGUUUAAAUUUCCAUGGUCGGGUGACAGUGGCAUCAGUGAAGAAUUUUCAACUGGUUGCAAUUGCAGAUCAGAGUCAGCUGGGAGGAAAAGGUGACGAGGAUGCAGUUCUCCUUCAGUUUGGGAAAGUAGGGGAUGAUACCUUCACCAUGGAUUACAGGCAGCCUUUGUCAGCUUUUCAGGCAUUUGCAAUUUGCCUAACAAGCUUCGGUACGAAACUGGCGUGCGAGUAGUAUAUUCUACUGUUAAUAUGUAUGUUUAUUCAAACACGCGGCACCGUGAAUGUUUUCGAAUUAUCCAAGCUUUAUAUAUCUAUAGGAUUGACUAGCUGGGGUUUUUGUACAUCAUGUUGCUAAUUUGUGAUUAUGACAUGAUUUCAGCUGAAAUUAUUUGUAGCGCAAACAAACGUAGUGCAGGAAGAAUGCUGGUUUCUCUAAUAUAAAUUGUAUAUUAUGAAAUAAUUAUUUGAAUGUGGGCUUAAAGAUUGACAGCUA